AUGUCCAUGCCCCGGAGGAAGGGGAGGGAGGAUUAUGAUCCGAAGAAAGAUGGGGAUUGCGCGGGGUUGAGGGAUGACGACGAGGAGGAGGAGAAGGGUGAGGAGGAGGAGGAGGAGGAGGAGGAGGAGGAGGAGGAGGAGGAGGAGGAGGAGGAGGAGGAGGAGGAGGAGGUGGAGGAGGGGGAGAGAGAGGGUAGUGGUGAGGAGGCUGAGGAGGAGGAGGAGGAGGAGGAGGAGGAGGUGUCCUAG